CGUUGCCCCGGUAACCCGGAAGCUUCACGUGCUGCACGCUCUGUACCGCUUAGAGUCCUUCCUGUUUUAGAAAUUUCAAGGAAGCAGCAGCAACUGGACAGUCGCCUAUACUGAUGGAUGCAUCUCAGUGAUCUUUGGGAGAGUUUACCCAUGCUCUCUCAUUUCGGUGCGGCCACACCAGCCCUGUACAUACUGUGGAUCACUAUGGCUCAGAUAGCUGGCCAGGAGGACAGAGAGAAAACUACUGCACUCAAAGAUUUGCUGUCAAGAAUAGACUUAGAUGAACUGAUGAAGAAAGAUGAACCUCCUUUCACUUUCCCUAAAACAUUGGAGGAGUUUGAAUAUGCCUUCAAUGAAUAUGGCCAUCUCAGACAUGUAAAAACAGGAGAGCCCUUUGUGUUCAAUGCCAGAGAGGAUCUCCACCGCUGGAACCAGAAACGCUAUGAAGCUCUUGGAGAGAUCAUCACUCAGUAUGUUUAUGAGUUGCUGGAGAAAAAGUGCAACAUGACUAAAGCAAUCCUGCCAGUGGAUGCUACAGAUGAUGAACCCACCAGUUUUAUCUACAUGAGCCCAGAUGCCUUGUCCAACCCGUCCAAGCUGCUAGUGUUGAUCCAAGGCAGUGGAGUAGUGCGGGCCGGUCAGUGGGCCCGUAGACUCAUCAUCAACCAGGACUUGAACUCAGGGACACAGAUCCCCUUCAUCACCAGAGCCAUGGAGGAGGGCUAUGGUGUGAUGGUGCUCAACCCCAAUGAGAACUACCUGGAGGUAGAGAAGCCAGCCAAGUCCUCUCCCCUGCCUUCUCCUACUGAACCCUCGGACGAACCCGCUGAAAAGAGGGAACGCAAAGAUGAUAAAGAGGGCAAAAAGAAGAGAGAAUUUUAUGAGAAGUACCGUAACCCACAGAAGGAGACAGAGACUGAACGGAUCCCUGUACGGGAAAACGGUUCCUCCGAGGAACACGUGCUGUACGUGUGGGACCACUUUGUGUCCAAAGCCGCAGCCAAGAAUGUCUUCAUCAUGGCCCAUAGCUAUGGAGGGCUGUCUUUCGUUGAGCUGAUGAAUCAGAGGGAAAUUCAGGUGAAGAACAGAACAUGCGCUGUGGCUCUGACUGACUCUGCUCACAACAUCUGGCUGCAGGAGACCAGCAAAGGCACACAGGACUGGAUGCAGCAGCACUGUUGCAACUGGGUAUCGAGUCCAGAGCCCCUGGACACACGCCUGGAUCCCAUGCUGCCAGACUGCCCACGAGUGUCUGCAGGCACAGAGAGGCAUGAGCUGACCUCCUGGAUGAGUUUCAACUCAAUCUUCAGGUUCUUCAGUGAGGUGCUGGAGGUGAAAGAGGAUGAGGAGGCGGAGGAGACCUCCAACACAGUCACCACACGCAGUAGCUCCCUCAAGAACAAACACCAAGAUUUGUAGAAGACCAACAAAAAUGACUUGGAACAAGAGGAGAGAGAGUCAGGUGACAAAGGAUUAAUACAGAAAGGAAGGCGAAGGUUCCACAUCCUCUGUGCUAUUCUUCCUUUUUUAUCCCUCUGUAACCUCCCUCCAUCUUUCUUUACUGACUAUUCUCUCUGAGUGUCAUUUCUCCCUUCCAGCCCUCCCUGGCUCUGCACACACAUAGCCUUGUUGUAAGAGACAAGAGUACAAGGUCACCAUGUAUACAUCAUAAUAACGUUUUGCAUUACUUCUAGAUGAGCGCAACUGUCAAAGCAAUAUGGGCCUGAGUGUUAGCGCUUCCCGUGGGCUGUGGCCUGGCUACGGGUAUGGGCCACGGCAGUAGAGAUUAAGGCUGACAGGCGCUGUGCACAAUGCGCUGUGGUGCACCUCUAAUUGUCCUGACAUCAGCCUGAACUGAGCUAAUGCCCUGCCUGCCCUCCAGUCUGAACUGCUCAGUCUCUCCCUCUUCCCCCCGGUCCUAAAGCCUGGGCCUCCUCCCCCCAAAAUUAGCUCAAGCUGUAUGGUAUGUUCUGCUGUGGUGCGAUAUCAUUUCAACCUGAUCAGUGCCCAUCUUGUUUUUCCCACCACAAAUGUUUUUAAAAAGAGUGAACACACAUUUUUAACUGGUGACCAUUUGUUUUGUUUUAACAAAGGGUGUUGUUUUUAUGACUUCUUCAUUCUCUAACUCCUCCGCACAUGCAGUCAGCUUUUGAACCUGACUUUUCUCAUUCAGCUUUGUGUAAAAUGUGGUUCUAACCCAUGCCAUUUAUUUCUGGGAUUCCAGUGCUUAUAAAAAGAAUUAUCUUUUUUUCUCAACUUUGAGCUAAAUUUGAAUGCAAUGUCUCAUACACACAUUCACACUAUUUGAUUUUUAAUAUUAAGCCAAUACUUCUCAGAGCUGUAAGUGUUUACUUUAGAAUAUCACCAGGUUUGAUUUGCAAAACUGUGAAAAGUCCAUCUCUCUGUGUUUAUUAUAAAUAUAUAUAUAUAUAUCUUUUUUUUUCAAUUUGAUAUCCUAGAAAUUGAUGUCUCUGGAUGAUUGAAUGUGAUGAAACAAAUAAAACAAACACAACCUGUGCUGAAUAUGGAAAAUUCAGGACACUGAGCAUGUUUAAAAUUACUUAAAGUCUGGCAUCAAAAUGGGAUUGAGGAUAUCUCAUUUUAACAGGAGCCAGAAGUCAGCUCACAACACUCAUAAAGCCUCAAUAUAUCGCCUUACACGUCAGGAAAUCCAAGAUUUCAAUAUUAUUCUAAGCCUGAAUGAUAUUUCCUUAGAUGUUGGAGAAAUGUAACAUAUCUAUUCUUUCUACCAAAGUACUCUUCUUGUGUACUUAGAAGUGACAAAGUCAGCUCCCUGCUCAGCUGCACAUAAUCUGACUAUGUGACACAAACAUGAUAACAUUUUUUCCGCAAGGCUGGUGUGUUUUAUAAACCACUCAAGGCUUAAUGGAAUACAUUUCUAAUGUGUCAUGACAUUAGUAAAAACUCAAACCUGAUACUUAAUCUUAUGAUACCUUAGACACAUUCUCAAAUAUGUACUUUUCUUCUUUUUUUCUUCAAAUAGUUACCAUUGUUUAACUUUUACACUGUGAAAUCAUGCCUCUCCUUCCCACUGUGUGUAUGGUUUAAGGCUUUUGUGGAUUAUCUUUCCGCUGUAAUGAGACAACUGUGGCUGGUGGUUGCAGGCCUAAUUUCCUUUUAAUUUGAUUCAGAUCUCUCCAGGUUUCAGCAAAGAAGUUGGCUUAUUAUUUGAUAUGAUGAGUUUCGUUUCAAGAUACCAUUGCUCAUCUUUCUGCUUUUCAGCUACAAUCAGUUCAUUUUUCAUUCCAUAAUUUGUAUAUUGUUGCCUUAGGAAUAAACAAGACUCUGUUCACUGUUUUUUUUAAUAAUAUCCAGCAAGCCAUAUUUGAAUGGAAGUAAAGAUGUAACAGCAGCCUAAAUCCAAAGCACAGUCUGCAAAUAAAAGGGGACUAAUUUUGCCAAUUGCUCUUGAAGACAUUAUUUUCUGCAGAUGGUUUAUAUGUUCUAUUGGUUUAAGGAACAUGCCUAUUCAGUUUUAUCCCUGUAUAAGCCUUUGGAUUUUAUGUAACCGCAAGUGUCCUGCCAGGUCACAUAUUUUUCUCUCUUCAUCCAUUUUGGUUUCAAACGGCUCUCUUUAAAAUGAUUUUAAAGUGUCUGCACACAGUAAUUACUCUACUUUUACAUGAUUGAUUUAAUUUUUUGUAAUUAACCUAUUAAACUAGUCGAAACAAAUAAAAUGAACUUUUGCAUCUGUA